GUGAGUUGAUUGUUUUUUUCUUGAUAUAUUUUGAUUUAAUAAGGAAAACACAACGUAGGCUAGUCGGAGCAAUUUUCGUUGUGCCAAUGCCAGGCUUUCCAUUGGUUCCUGUUUACAUGAUGCCCACAGGAGACGUGGUGAUUGGUGGCGGUUUACACGUGACCAGACAACUUUGUACAUUUGACAGAGAGUAGGAGGGUUUGGUGGAGAUCAGAAAAACGACAGCACGAUAAAAAUUAGUAUUGUUGCACUUCACAAAUUAAUGAUCAUGAGUUCGUAUUUGAUAAACUCGAACUAUAUCGAACCUUCCUUUCCUCCAUGCGACGAAUAUCAACAGAACGGAUACAUCCCCGCCCCUACUGAGUACUACGAACGGCCAAAAGAUUCGGGCUUUCCCCAUCAUGACGAGGCGUCGUAUCCGAGGUCAAACUACACAGAACCGAGCUACGACUACGGUAAUGUCCCCAGUAAUGGACUCGACGAUUUUACCGACAGGCAUCAGGCACAACCUCAGCCCAUUGCCCAGAACCAUGGCCCUCGCCUCAACCCAGUCCCAGACAGCGGUGUGGUGGAGGACGUCAGCAAAGACUGCAGCCUCGCUACUGAGUCUUAUCCCGGUGCACAGAAGGGCAAAGAACCGCCGGUGGUCUACCCCUGGAUGAAGAAGGUCCAUGUUGUCAAUGCUAGUUACAGUGGAGGAGUGCCCAAGAGGUCCCGCACUGCCUAUACCCGCCAGCAGGCUCUCGAGCUGGAGAAAGAAUUCCACUUCAACCGCUACCUGACCCGACGCAGGCGCGUGGAGAUCGCGCACACGAUGUGCCUUUCCGAACGUCAGGUGAAGAUAUGGUUCCAGAACAGAAGGAUGAAGUGGAAGAAAGAUCAUAAGCUUCCGAACACCAAGAUUCGCUCUGCGAGCUCAUCCUCGGGAGCCCAGCAGCAGCAGCAAAUCAAAACUGGCACGCACCAGCAGCUCGUUCCCACGCCUUGCGCCGCGACCCUAUAGUGAUGGAACCCUCGCGCCAAACCAACAGACUGAAAAUGGCAAACAGAACACAGAAACGGAAUUUUGUGGACCGAUUCUCGAGUAUGUCCCCUAUGGUAUUACCCUCUUCUUGGCUUUUGGGCCUGUCACCUCCUUUCAAUACCCUUUCCCCUCUCAACCUCAACCUCCUCUCUCCGUUUUUUCGCUCUCUCCUAAUUUUUUAGCUCGAAAUCCGCCACUUGCUGCCCAUGAUGGCAACUGAAAUGUAUGUGUUUAUUAAGACAGAAGGAUAACUCACACUCGAAUGUAUCACAGGACUUUGGAUUAUAUGUAUCAUUGCAUAGAAUGAAAAUAAAAGAGAAUGAGACGAGAGAUAAGUGAGGUCUCAUUUUUAUUGUUGUUCUAUGCAAUAAUUUUGUUUAUUCUCAUGGAAAUAUAUACUUGAAAGGAAAACGAUGCAGGCUUAGAAUGAGACAGUGUCAGAGUUAGGGUUUAGCUCGUGAUGUGUGAGUGAGUUGGUUUACUGUUGAGUGUAUUAUUAAGUCGUGUAAUGUCCAGGUGACUUUCACCCCUAAUGAGUAUAGACAAAUCAUAGCAAAGGCACAAUAUUGAAUCCAUUUUGUAGGCUAAAAAAAGGCAACCUUGUUUGUUUGUUUGUUCGUGUAGCCGUGUAGACUAGUUUGUCCAUAUUUUGUGGUGUGCUCUAAACUGUGAAUAUUUGUAUAUGUUGUCUGAUUAAUGGACGUUGUAAUAAUGUAUUGUAAUUUAGGCCCAUGCAAGAAACUUCCCGUGAAAUAAAUAUGUACUUAA